CACCGCUGUGGGAGGGGCUGGCCAGAGAAACUUCAGGCAGAGAAGGCAGGACCAUGGCUUCUGCAGCAGCAGAGGAGGAGAAGGGAUCUCCAAUUGUGGUGGGGCUGCUGGUCGUGGGCAACAUCAUUAUUCUGCUGUCAGGCCUGGCCCUGUUUGCCGAGACAGUAUGGGUGACAGCUGACCAGUACCGUGUGUACCCACUGAUGGGCAUCUCAGGCAAGGAUGACGUCUUUGCUGGCGCCUGGAUUGCCAUUUUCUGUGGCUUCUCCUUCUUCGUCGUGGCCAGCUUCGGUGUGGGUGCAGCGCUCUGCCGCCGGCGGUCCAUGAUCCUCACGUACCUGGUGCUCAUGCUCAUCGUCUACAUCUUUGAGUGUGCCUCCUGCAUCACAUCCUACACCCACCGGGACUAUAUGGUGUCCAACCCAUCGCUGAUUACCAAGCAGAUGCUAACAUUCUACAGUGCAGACACCGACCAGGGCCAAGAACUGACUCGCCUCUGGGACCGCAUCAUGAUUGAGCAAGAGUGCUGUGGCACAUCUGGUCCCAUGGACUGGGUGAACUUCACAUCGGCCUUCCGGAAGGCCACCCCGGAGGUGGUGUUUCCCUGGCCCCCACUGUGCUGCCGGAGGACUGGCAACUUCAUUCCCCUCAAUGAAGAAGGCUGUCGCCUGGGCCACAUGGACUACCUAUUCACCAAGGGCUGCUUCGAACACAUUGGCCAUGCCAUCGACAGCUACACGUGGGGCAUCUCGUGGUUUGGGUUUGCCAUCCUGAUGUGGACGCUCCCCGUGAUGCUGAUCGCCAUGUAUUUCUACACCACACUGUGAGGAGCGAGAAGGGAUGGCCCCGUGCACACCUCGGCCUCCUCCUCCUCCUGCUUCUGCUUCCUCCGGCUGAGGCUUGGCUGGCCGCCUCACUUCUCCCCUUUCUACCUCCCUCACCCUUCCCUCCGUCUACUCCCAAGGUCUUUUACCAGGUCUCUGAGCUCUGCUAGGAAUUGGGGAUGCCCUGAAACCCCUGGACACGUAUGCAUGGACGCUUAGCCCUUAACCUCAUUUCAGUUUGAUUCCUGCUCCAUCUACCAGUGGCAACUUACAGUCCUGUCCUUAGACCUCACCACCCCGUCCACGGAUGCCUCCUUCACGGUGGAUGUUGCCAUUAUUACUGAGUGGUUUGUGAUCGUCUAUUUAAGCUCUGGCCGACUGGGAUUGCUCUGAGGGGAGGGACAAGUU